CUUUAUUGCGAAAGUCAGGGGGUAAGGUCCUGAGGUCCGCGCGCGUUGCGCGGCCAGACGCGGCGGGCGUGGCGGAGGAUGGAGGCGGUAGCGUCGAACACAACGGUCGGGGCUGCCCGUGAGAAGGUGGCGGUGUAGACACACGGGCUACGUGGAGGCCGGCGGGGGUGGCCGGGCCAUGGCGGGAGACCGUUUUCGUUGGGCUCCCUGAGGUGCGCUCCCUGAAGUCUCGGCGAGCCGUGACCCAUGGGCUCGCUGAGCAGCCGAGUGCUGCGCCACCCGGGGCGAGCCCGAGCCCAGCAGGAGCCGGGUUCUGGGGCUGGAGGCUCGGCCUGGAGGCCGGAGAGUGGUGGCGACGCGGCCGCCCACGGCUUCUGUUACUGUCCAGGCAGCCGCAAGCGCAAGCGGAGCAGCGGGGCCUUCUGCUACUGUCACCCCGAUUCCGAGACAGACGAGGAUGAGGAGGAAGGGGACGAGCAGCAGCGACUCCUCAACACCCCUCGAAGGAAAAAAUUGAAGAGUACAUCCAAAUAUAUUUAUCAAACAUUAUUUUUAAAUGGUGAAAACAGUGACAUUAAGAUUUGUGCUCUAGGAGAAGAGUGGAGUUUACACAAAAUAUAUUUAUGUCAAUCUGGCUACUUUUCUAGUAUGUUCAGUGGUUCAUGGAAGGAGUCCAGCAUGAAUAUUAUUGAACUGGAGAUUCCAGACCAGAAUAUUGAUAUAGAAGCACUGCAGGUGGCAUUUGGGUCAUUGUAUCGAGAUGAUGUCUUAAUAAAGCCCAGUCGAGUUAUUGCCAUUUUGGCAGCAGCUUGUAUGCUGCAGUUGGAUGGUUUAAUACAGCAGUGUGGUGAGACAAUGAAGGAAACAAUUAAUGUGAAAACCGUAUGUGGCUAUUACACAUCAGCAGGGACCUAUGGACUUGAUUCUGUAAAGAAAAAGUGCCUUGAAUGGCUUCUAAACAAUUUGAUGACUCACCAGAAUGUUGAACUUUUUAAAGAACUCAGUAUAAAUGUCAUGAAACAACUCAUUGGUUCAUCUAACUUAUUUGUGAUGCAAGUGGAGAUGGAUGUAUACACAGCCCUUAAAAAGUGGAUGUUCCUUCAACUUGUGCCUUCUUGGAAUGGAUCUUUAAAACAGCUUUUGACUGAAACAGAUGUCUGGUUUUCUAAGAGGAGAAAAGAUUUUGAAGGUAUGACCUUCCUUGAAACUGAGCAAGGAAAACCAUUUGUGUCAGUAUUCAGACAUUUAAGGUUACAGUAUAUUAUCAGUGAUUUGGCCUCCGCGAGAAUUAUCGAACAAGAUUCUCUAGUACCUUCAGAAUGGCUAUCUUCUGUGUAUAAACAGCAGUGGCUUGCUAUGCUCCGGGCAGAACAAGACAGUGAGGUGGGGCCUCAAGAAAUCAAUAAAGAAGAACUAGAGGGAAAUAGCAUGAGGUGUGGUAGAAAGCUUGCCAAAGACGGUGAAUACUGCUGGCGGUGGACAGGUUUUAACUUCGGCUUUGACCUGCUUGUAACUUACACCAAUCGAUACAUCAUUUUCAAACGCAAUACAUUGAAUCAGCCAUGUAGUGGAUCUGUCAGUUUACAACCUCGAAGGAGCAUAGCAUUUAGAUUACGUUUGGCUUCUUUUGAUAGUAGUGGAAAACUAAUAUGUACUAGAACAACUGGCUAUCAGAUACUUACACUUGAAAAGGACCAGGAACAAGUAGUGAUGAACUUGGACAGCAGGCUUCUGAUCUUCCCUUUAUAUAUCUGCUGUAACUUCCUGUAUACAUCACCAGAAAAAAGAACUGAAAAUAAUCAUCAUCCAGAAAAUCCAGAAAACUGAGGAUCUCAUCAGUUGGAAACAGUAGCACUUUGUAAACUUUUUGGCCAGCUUUAAUUUAAUGGCCCUGCAGAUAUUCACAUCUAAGGUGACUAACAGUGACAAAGGCCUUAUGAACUGUUCAGAUAAUACAGAAGACUAUUCUUAUCCUCAUUACAUUUCUAUGCAUAUAUAAAAAAACAUUUUAAAGCCAAGAAAAUAUCUGUCAAACCGUUUGUUAUAAAGAUGUCGACUCAUGCUUUUUAAUUUGGCAUCAGUAGAAAAUUGCCGUAGGUAAAUUUCACAUUUCUCUGCGAUCAAGUGUAGAGUUAAUUUUUAGCUUGAACUCUGAUCCUGCCUAAUGUUAGUGAACCUCAAUUAUCCAUCUGUAAGUUUUAUUUUUAUUUGGCUAAAAGAAUGCUAAAGGAAUGAUUUGAAUGGCUAAUUAUAAAUGCUGUUUCAGUUGGUGUGUUUAAAGCUGUCCUUUAAUUUUUUCAGCUGCUCUUUAUGAUUCCUCCUCCUAGUCGAAUAUUCUUCCAAUCUAUAUAUGUUUUUAAUCAUUAAAUUUUUUUUCAUGGUUUUGAAGACUGAGGAACUUUUUCUUUAACUUAAGCAUUUUCAUGCUAUUUUAUUUUGCUUUUUAUUGAUAUUUAGCUUUACUAGGAUUUUAACCAAAAAAUCAGGUUCAGACUUUCAAAUGAACUUGGAUGGGGGGAAAAUCAGUUGGAUUCUGAGGAUAUUCCUUUGCCUUACAUGGUCUUUUCUUGGACAUUCUGUACAACUCUAUUAUUAGGUAUUAGGUCACAGAUUAUUUAUGUACCAAAUAUUACACUUUAAACAUUCUCAUAUUCUGUGAUCUUUUUAUUUAUGUUCAAAUUUUAGUUGGGAAUCCUAUUUCCUACUUAAGCUCAGGACUUUCUAACCUCUGAAUUGAGUGCCUUUGAGUUACACAUGCUAUUAGAAAUCUCAUAGUAUGUAAAUAAGGUCGGAGGAUAUCAUAUAGAAGCUGAUAAUAAAACAUUAAUGUACAAAUAGACCUUAUUUUUGUCAAAAAUGAGAUGUACAUUUGUCAUGAUUUAUAUAUGUUGGUUUCUUGUGUUUACUGCUAUUUUGAAAAUAGCCAUGCUCAUCGUCUUUCCAGUCAGAGUGAGUACUUUUUGUGGUUAAUGUAUAUUUUUAGUAUGUUUUAA